AUGACGACUUCUCGACCAAACGCGUCGUGGGUAGGGCCGUCUUUUAUUCGCACGCUCUUACCCUUCGUCUCGUCGCCUUUAAAGACUCCCACGACGGCAGAACGGGCGAGAGAUGAGGAAGUUUUGUUGUUGAAACCGUCCCCGGGGAAAGAAAACGAAUCAGAUUCUGAUGCGUUUCUCGACGGCCAAGAAGCGUCGAUGAAAACGAAAAAAGACAAAAGAACACCACCAUCGAGAGGAGUAGUCAUAGCAGCAGCAGUCUUAACAUCCUUUGUGGUCGUUUUAGGGAGAGAGAGCGUUGGAAAAGGUGGGUUUGAUGAGAGGAUGAGAUUCAAGGCCACGCGGCCUUUUUUAGGGGGAGGAAAAGGAGGCGAAAGCGUCGAAGGCGCGACGACGAACAUCGAGGAAGAAAAGUCUGCGUUCGUCGCCGUUCGGGACUUGUUCAAAUACGAAUCGAGGAUCCUCUCCUCCGAUGCCGAAAAGGAGAACGAAGAAGACGCGAGGAAAAGAAACUACGAGAUGGACGACGGCGCGUUGUUCGGGGCCAGUUGCCAGUGGGGGUCGAUACGCGCGAAGAUAAACGCAGAAGUCUUCAAUAAUAACGAAACUACCAGUAGAGAAAACGGACGAAAGUUAUUCUUGUUCGUUCGACACGGCGAGGCGGCGCAUAACGUUUGGGGCGAGCGACGAAAAGGCGAAGCGCCGAUGCCGAACGAACAAGUGCCGUGCACGGACGAAGUGACCGGGAAGUCGUUGCUCGAUCCGAGUUUAACGCAAGUGGGUUUGCACGAAGCCACGGAGAGCGGUAAAGCGUUGAUGACGUACAUGGAGAAGGUUUUCAAAGAGAGCGGAGAGGAAGAGGCGAAAAGAGUGGCUUUUUUCACCUCGCCUCAAGCGCGGGCGAUUGAAACCUCUCGACUCGCGGUGUUGCACACGUCUGGGGUGAAAAAAUACCAAAGCGCGAGUGGAAAAUCCAUACGAGUGUCCGAUUUGAUUCGGAAUAAGAUCGAUUUGACCGUGCCUUUUGAGAUUCGUCGACCGUAUAGCUUUGAAGACGACUUGACGGGAGAUCCGAUUCAAUACGGCGGCCUCUCGCGAGCGUUGGCGAAGAGAGAGGAGAAGUAUUUAGAAGGGUGCGAAUUCACAAAGACACUGGGAGAUAUCACGUCGAUACACGAAAACGACGACUACGAGAUUGCCGCCAGAGAAAACGCCGCGCAAGAAACGAAAUGUCGUUUGGGCGAAGCGACGAGCGAUUCGGUGUUUACGUGCGCGGACGAACUCGGUUUACUCGUAAAUAGCGACGGUGAAUUGAGGUACGAAUCCAACGAGUUGAGCAUGCAGUCCGUCCGCGAUCGAAUGCGCGUGUGGUUCGCGAACGUGUUCGAGGAAGAACGCGACGCGAAAGUCAUCGUCGCGUUCGUUCACAGCGACAUUAUCGAAGGCGCGUUGAAGGAAUUGUACGGAGACGACAUGAAGUCGGAGUAUAAAGCGUUGAACGGCGACGUGGUGCCGGUGUUAGUUAAAGACGUUCGUCCGAAAGAGUAUUUAAACUUCUGGAAUGAAACCGAUUAUUAA